GGAGCUGGCGAGAAAGUUUUCUUUGCAGGCAAGAGGAGUUUUGGCGUGCUGACGCUGCUCGGGCUGCAACUCCAGCCGUGGACGGGCGAUCUGUUAGGUUUCCCUCCUGCUGCUCGAGGGCAUGAAAGGGCUUCGCUGCUGGGAGUAAACGAAGCAGUUUACCCGGGAGCGCAAGAGAGCAGCGCGCGCACGCGGCCGGGAGCGCGGGCGUCCCCUCGGCUGGAAGUUUGCGCCGGGCCCCGAGUGCGAGCUGGGCCGAGUGAGAGGCCGCGGGACGGCGAUGGGCGCGCGGAGGCUCCGUGUGUCGGCGGCGGCUCUGGGGCUUCUGCUGUGUGGCGUGCUAGGGCGCGCAGAGCUGGCCCAGGGCGGCCGCGGGACACUCGCGCAGCCCUCCGCUUGUGGCGUGCUGGGGCGCGCAGAGCUGGCCCAGGGCGGCCGCGGGACACUCGCGCAGCCCUCUGCUGUGACCGCCGAGCGCCAGUGCCCAGCGCUCUGCCGUUGCCUCGGGGACCUGCUGGACUGCAGUCGCCAGCGACUGGCGCACCUUCCGGAGCCGCUCCCGCCCUGGGUCGCUCGGAUAGACUUAAGUUACAACAGAUUGUCUUCCAUCAAGGCGAGUUCCAUGAGCCACCUUCAAAGCCUUCGAGAAGUGAAGCUGAACAAUAAUGAAUUGGAGACAAUUCCAAAUCUAGGACCAGUCUCAGCAAAUAUUACACUCCUCUCCUUGGCUGGAAACAGGAUUAUUGAAGUAUUACCUGAACAUCUGAAACAGUUUCAGUCCCUUGAAACUUUGGACCUGAGCAGCAAUAAUAUUUCAGAGCUUAAAACUGCAUUUCCAUCCCUACAACUCAAAUAUCUGUAUAUCAACAGCAACCGAGUCACAUCAAUGGAACCUGGGUGUUUUGACAAUUUGGCCAACACACUGUUGGUGUUGAAGCUGAACAGGAACCGAAUUUCAUCCAUUCCACCUAAGAUGUUUAAACUGCCCCAACUACAACACCUUGAAAUGAACCGAAACAAGAUUAAAAACAUAGAUGGACUCACAUUCCAAGGACUUGGUGCUCUGAAGUCUCUGAAAAUGCAAAGAAAUGGAGUAACAAAACUUAUGGAUGGAGCUUUUUGGGGUCUGAGCAACAUGGAAAUCUUGCAGCUGGACCAUAACAACCUGACAGAGAUUACCAAAGGCUGGCUUUACGGCUUGCUGAUGCUGCAGGAACUUCAUCUCAGCCAGAAUGCCAUCAACAGAAUCAGCCCUGACGCCUGGGAGUUUUGCCAGAAACUCAGUGAGCUGGACCUAACUUUCAAUCACUUGUCGAGGUUAGACGACUCCAGCUUCCUCGGCCUAAGCUUACUGAAUACCCUGCACAUUGGGAACAACAAAGUGAGCUAUAUCGCAGACAGUGCCUUCCGGGGGCUUUCCAGUUUAAAGACUCUGGAUCUGAAGAACAAUGAAAUUUCCUGGACCAUUGAAGACAUGAAUGGUGCUUUCUCUGGGCUGGACAAACUGAGGCGACUAACACUUCAGGGAAACCGGAUUCGUUCUAUUACUAGAAAAGCCUUCACUGGUUUGGAUGCAUUAGAACACCUAGACCUCAGUGACAACGCAAUCAUGUCUUUGCAAGGCAACGCGUUUUCGCAAAUGAAGAAACUUCAACAACUGCAUUUAAAUACAUCCAGCCUUUUGUGUGAUUGCCAACUAAAAUGGCUCCCACAGUGGGUGGCAGAAAACAACUUUCAGAGCUUUGUAACUGCUAGUUGUGCCCAUCCUCAACUGCUAAAAGGAAGAAGUAUUUUUGCUGUUAGCCCAGAUGGCUUUGUGUGUGAUGAUUUUCCGAAACCCCAGAUCACGGUGCAGCCAGAAACACAGUCGGCAAUAAAAGGCUCCAAUUUGAGUUUUAUAUGCUCGGCUGCCAGCAGCAGCGAUUCCCCAAUGACUUUUGCUUGGAAAAAAGACAAUGAAAUACUGCAUGAUGCUGAAAUGGAAAAUUAUGCACACCUCCGAGCCCAAGGUGGCGAGGUGAUGGAGUAUACCACCAUUCUUCGGCUGCGCAAUGUGGAAUUUGCCAGCGAAGGGAAAUAUCAGUGUGUCAUCUCCAAUCACUUCGGUUCAUCCUACUCUGUCAAAGCCAAGCUUACCGUAAAUAUGCUUCCUUCGUUUACCAAGACCCCCAUGGACCUCACCAUCCGGGCUGGGGCCAUGGCACGUUUAGAGUGUGCUGCCGUGGGACACCCCGCUCCUCAGAUAGCCUGGCAAAAGGAUGGGGGCACAGAUUUCCCAGCUGCAAGGGAGAGACGCAUGCAUGUGAUGCCCGAGGAUGAUGUAUUCUUCAUCGUGGAUGUGAAGAUAGAGGACAUUGGGGUAUAUAGCUGCACAGCUCAAAACAGUGCAGGAAGUAUUUCUGCAAAUGCAACUCUGACUGUGCUUGAAACACCAUCAUUUUUGCGGCCUCUGUUAGAUCGAACUGUAACCAAGGGAGAAACGGCCGUCCUACAGUGCAUCGCAGGAGGGAGCCCUCCCCCGAGACUGAACUGGACUAAGGACGACAGCCCUUUGGUGGUUACCGAAAGGCACUUUUUUGCAGCAGGCAAUCAGCUGCUGAUCAUCGUGGACUCAGAUGUUAGUGAUGCUGGGAAGUACACGUGUGAAAUGUCCAACACCCUUGGCACAGAGAGAGGCAACGUGCGCCUCAGUGUGAUCCCCACUCCUACCUGCGACUCCCCUCAGAUGACCGCCCCAUCGUUAGACGACGAUGGCUGGGCCACCGUGGGUGUCGUGAUCAUAGCUGUGGUUUGCUGUGUGGUGGGCACGUCGCUCGUGUGGGUGGUCAUCAUAUACCACACAAGGCGGAGGAAUGAAGAUUGCAGCAUUACUAACACAGAUGAGACCAACUUGCCAGCGGAUAUCCCUAGUUAUUUGUCAUCUCAGGGAACACUAGCCGACAGGCAGGAUGGGUACGUCUCCUCAGAGAGUGGAAGCCACCAUCAGUUCAUGGCUUCUUCAGGAGGUGCGCUUUUCUUACCCCAACAUGACAGUAAUGGGACCUGCCACAUUGACAACAGCAGUGAAACUGAUGUGGAAGCAGCCACAGAUCCAUUCCUUUGUCCCUUUUUGGGAACCUCAGGUCCUGUGUAUUUGAAGGGAAAUCUGUAUGGCUCAGAUCCUUUUGAAGCCUAUCACACAGGUUGUAGUCCUGACCCAAGAACAGCUUUAAUGGAUCACUAUGAGCCCAGUUACAUGAAGAAAAAGGAGUGUUCCCCAUGUUCCCAUCCUUCAGAAGAACACUGCGAACGGAGCCUCAGUAGUGGAGGCUGGCCUUCCCGUAUGAAGAAGCUAAUUAACACUACUUACUCUCUAAGUGACGGACCAGGGAUGAAAAAUCCAUGUCUCAACAAGUCCUCUUUAGACUUCAGUACAAGUCUAGAGCCAGCAUCAGUUACUUCAAGUAAUUCUUUCAUGGGUACAUUUGGAAAACCUCUCAGGAGACCGCACCUAGAUGCUUUUUCAAGCUUUGGUCAGCCAUCAGAUUGUCAGCCAAGAGCCUUUCACUUGAAAGCUUAUUCUUCCCCGGACUUGGACUCUGAAUCAGAGGAGGAUGGGAAAGAAAGGACAGAUUUCCAAGAAGAAAAUCACAUUUGUGCCUAUAAACAGACCUUAAAAAACUACAGGACUCCAAAUUUUCAGUCUUAUGACCUGGACACAUAGAUUGAAUGGGACCAAAGAAAACCUUUAACAAACUACCUCAAGUGGACUUCUAUUUAAAAGAAAGAGAAUCCUAUGUUUUUAAAUGGACUUAUGAAUUUUAAAAGGAUAAAUGCCUUA